CUAGAAUGUAUGCGGGCUGCCAAAAAAAAGCUCGUACUCGUAGCCACAAGCUCCGCUGCAGGCUUGGCUUGCUGGAUUACAGCCACACGUCGACGAAUCACUGCUCUCCCGCGGCAAAGAGCAUCUCUGAUUGCAAUUCACCGCACCCAGCCAUGCUGCUCUACAUGCUGCUGCUUUUGACCAGCGCGCAUGCAUUGGUUGCACCACAGCCCGUCUGCCGACCGUUAUCUCCUACAGUUUACGAUAAAAACGUUCCGCUGCGAACGACGAGUGGACGCGCGCGCGUCGCCCUCGCCGCCGCGCCGACGGAGACAGAAAAUCCAGUCGCGAAGGAUGCACCGAUCUACGCGCUCGCGGCCGCGCUCCAGGCCGUGCCGCUCGUUCUACAAACGAAGGAGUCGCACUACGUCUUCUUUCUAGGACUGGCGACGGCGACGGUGUAUCUAUCGAGCCGGGCGCCGUCGCUGGCGCCGCCGGAGGCCGAGCCGCUGACCAUGAAGCAGGCGGCUCUAGCGCCGGUCCUCGCGUCUAUCAGCCUCUUCUCGCUGUACGCCCUGAUCAAGUACCUGAGCAUCGACCCGUCGCUGGGCUACCGGCUGCUGACGUCCGCGUUUGCGGGUGGUGCUUCUUCCUUAGUGCUCUACGAGGCAUGUGAUGCGGUGUCAGAUGAGGACGACCGCGCGGCCCUCGUCGGCGGGGUCAUUGCGUUCAUUCUGGUAGCUCUAUACCUCGGCGCCGACUCCUUGCAAUUGAGUCUGGAGGCGAAGACCGGCAUCGCCAAUUUCUUAGGCUGGUCGCUCGCGUUACUCGCGCCGCGGACGGUGCCGCUGCGGAGCUUUGGGGUGGGCGCGGCGCUGCUCGGCGGCCUUUUUUUGUAUGAUAUCUUCUUCGUGUUCGGCAGCGACGUGAUGAUGACCGUGGCGACGAAGAUUGAUGCGCCCGUCGUCUUGAAAGCUCCGAACCCGCAUCGAUUCCGUGUGGAAAUCAAAUUUCAGGCGCUCCACGCUAUCGACGUGAUGUUCUCACUGGUUGGUUUCGACACAGGCCCGAUUCCAUACAACCGUACGCCCUGCUUGGCCUAGGCGACGUAGCACUGCCGUCGCUGCUAGUGUCUUUCCUGGGCCGCUACGGCGACGCAAAGGGAGAACGCGCAUGGCGCCUGACUGCGACAAGCGCGUACGCGGUGGGCCUGCUAGCCGCGUUCGCGGCCAACGAGUACGUGCGGGCGGGCCAGCCGGCGCUCCUCUACCUCGUGCCGGCGACCGUCGGCGCGGGGCUCUGCACCGCGCUCGCGACAGGCGGGCGCGAGGCCGUCGACGAGCUCCUGGCCUACAAGGAGCCGGCGCCGGAGUAUACGCGGUCGCGGUGACGGCGUGCCGGGAAGUAAAUUAAGUUGUUUAUCAAGU